AUGGACGGUCGCGGCACGCUGCUCUUCUGGGACGCCUUUUUCGACGCUCUCGCCAACCCGCAGGGACGUCAUCCUUUCAGCCCGAGGCGCUGCUGCCCAACCUGCCCCCGUCUCUUGACGCCCUGA